AUAACCUUUUAUUUUGUCAGUACUGGCUUUUUGGGACCAAGAGAGAUGCGAAUCUACCUGUUCCUCAGAGGGUUCCUGGGCUCCAACGCCAUGAUCUUGUUGUAUUAUGCAGUUCUGCAGAUGCCCCUAGCGGAUGCCACAGUUAUAAUGUUCAGUAAUCCAGUCUUCACAUCCUUGCUGGCUUGGAUUUUCCUCAAGGAGAGGUGCACCAUAUUGGACGUCAUUUUUACAGUGUUUACGCUCACCGGCGUCAUACUGAUAGCCAGACCUCCCUUCCUCUUUGGUGGCAAGCUGUCUGGGAUCGAAGGAGACUACACCAAUCACAUCAAAGGCACGGUGGCUGCCUUCAUGGGGGCGAUCGGAGCGGCUUGCACUAUGGUCAUUCUGGGAAAAAUAGGGAAAAGUGUUCAUUACUACCUCUCUGUGUGGUACUAUGCAGUUAUCGGACUCAUUGAGUGUGUCAUCGUUUUGUUCAUCUUGGAUGAAUGGACCAUUCCGUCCUGCGGCUGGGACAGGUGGAUGCUCAUGGCCAUCGGGCUGCUCGGUAUAGCCGGCCAGACGUUCCUUACCAAAGCCCUACAGAUUGAGAAAGCAGGACCUGUUGCACUGAUGAGGACUAUGGAUGUGGUCCUGGCGUUCAUCCUGCAGUUCCUAUUCCUCAACCACAAACCGACAUGGUGGAGUCUGGGAGGAGCGCUGUGUGUGAUUAGCAGCACUAGUGGGGUGGCCCUAAGGAAGUGGUAUAACAGCAUAAAAAAUAAGACCUGAUUCAUAUUAUAGUGAGAUGAAAAGAGAUUUUGUAUGUUUGCUACAAAUAAUUGCUGCAUUAGUUACCAAAGAAGCUGUUUUACUGUAAUAAUAUACAUUGAAAGUCUGAGGCUUUUUCUUUGAUUUGAGUACCUUACUGUAUGCAGUAUGUACAGUACAGUAUAUAACAGGAUUUUUAGUGAUUUUGUAUUUUCUUAUCCUUUCGUGAAGACAGCAGAUAUUCUUUAACUACUGUUGAGACAGUAUUGCUUUAUCAUAUAGAGAGUAUAGUAGACAACGUAAUAAUAGACUGCUGGUCAGGAGCUGUGCUUGAUGUGUGUAAAAAUCACCAAAAAUGUCAGUUCCAUCAUUUUCUCACCCUCAUGCCGUUGCAAUUGAUUUUUUUCCAUGGAACAUAAAAGGAGAUGUUUUUGAUUCUCAAAGUCACACUAUUCCAUACGUUCCAUAUGUAUGCCUUCAUUUAUAGUCUUUUGAAAUAUCUCCAUUUUUCUUCCAUGGAAGGAAGUUUGGAACAACACUAGGAUAGGUAAAUUAUUACAGGAUUUUAUUUUUUUGGGCAAACUAUCCCUUUAAAAACCCCUUUGCAUUUUGUCGUUGACAAUGUACUGUAACUGGCAUUUAUUUUAAAAGGAAGACGCAGGGUCAACAGUUUGUCUGAAUAUUUUUUCAUGCUCAAAUUAAGGUUCGUUCUGUUAAGUUCUGAAUUAUAUGUGCUUAAAGCUGAAUAUGCAAUCAGUAAUAUGUUCUGAACCUUGAUGGACCACUUGAACUAGAUAUAUGCACAGGUUUGCUACACAAAUAUUUGCCUGAUAUAGAAUGAGUCGCACCUAUUUAUUUAUUGGACAUGUAUCUUGGCACAAAGAUGAGUUAUUGUGAGUUGUUACAAGAGGCAGUGACUAUCAGUAAUGGCUGUUCUUCUGCAGUCCAGUCACUUUGAAAUGGGGCUCUUCAGUUUGCUUGAACUUUACAUUUAUUUAAUUUGAUAAUUUUAUUUAAACCUGUUUGUUUAAACUGACCUAAAACCACUUUACACUGACUUUUGUCAAUUUAUCUUUAUUAAAAGCACUAUUAACGGUUUACUGAUACUUCACCAGAAAUUUAUGGACAUGCUGCCUUAAGAUUUUUUCUUUUAUCUGAUGAGAUUUCUGUUAAUAAUCCAUUUAUAUAAGAGCA